AUGCCGGGGGGUGGUGGGCCGGGAGCUGGCGGCGGUAUCGACAUGGGCGGCGGGCCUGGAGGGGGCAGAGGACGGAGGAUGCAACAACAGCCAUCGUAUGCGCAAUACCAGCAGUAUCAGCACAUGCCGAUGCAUCAUACCAAUUACAUGAACCCUUACGCCGCCGCACCAUACUACCACCAGCUGCCGUACCAGUACCAGAAUGGCGGCAUGCCUUCUGGCUACAUGCAUUACCAACAACCGCAGCAAUAUGUCCAGUCAUCACGGGCAAUGCCGCAGCAGUAUGUCCCCAUGGCCGGCGUCAGCGUUCCCCAGCCGUACUCUCAACCGUCUCAGCCGUCACCUGCUCUUUCGAAUCCCUACCAGCCGCCUCCCAUUUCUGCCGCCAUGCCUGUUCAAUCGCCUCCGCCCCCUCAGCCUCACUCUAUUCACCAGACUCCAGAGCCUCCAGUGUUGACACCAGUUGCCGAGCCUUUCCAACCCGCGGCCGAACCCUUCAAGCCUAUUGCUGAGCCUUUCAAGCCCGUGGCCGAGCCCUUCAAGCCAGUGGCUGAGUCCUUUCAACCCGCGGCGCCUGCUCCCCAGACUCCUCUGACUCCUCAGACCCCCCAGAGCCCGGAGCUUCCCAAACCGGCCGAACAUUUCCGUGCACCUUUGCCCUGGACGCCUUCCUCUCAAGGGCCCUUCCCCAAGAGAGCUCCGAAAUCAAGACGACGAAGAAGGUUGAUGAGCUCAAGCGCGAAAAACGUCACGCUUCAGCCCAUGGCACAGAGCAGCGUGGAUCAAGCGGAACUGAAUCAAGCUACGAAGGAAGAUGCUACGGACGCGGCCACCGAUGUUGAUGUCACGGGUUCGACACCUAAGAAGGCGCCCCUUGAUAACUCCACGGACGCCGAGACCGAAAGUGUUACCCUAAGGGCAGAGUCAGCGGCAUCUGAAGGUCCUAAGGAGAGCUACAGGUCCACGACCGCAGUCUCAAUCGAUGGCAGCCCCAAGGCCAUCUCAAAGGAGAAUGCGAGGCCCACGACCAGCAGCUCCAACACCUCUCGGCCUGCUGUCCCAGUCGUUCCUGUCGUGCCAGUCAUUCCGAAGAAUAGCCCUAAGGAGGCGAAGCCCGCGAGCACUGCCAAGCCGGAGGAGGCUAAGUCUGCUGCCCAGGAGAAGCCUGCGGAGGAGUCGGCAGCGGCAGCGGCCGCUGACUCCGAGCAGAAGGUUGAAGCCCAACCCGCGGCACCAGCCAAGGCGGCCCCUAAGACUUGGAGCGGUCUUUUCUCUGCUGCCGCAGCAGCUGCCCCUAAAGCACAUCCCAAUGCCAACGGUCCUACCACCUCAGCAACGGCUAAUGGAGCGAGCACCAACGGAGGUGAAACCGUCAACGGUGCGGCGUCCACCUUUUCUGCUGGAAAUGCAAACUCGCUGGCUGCUGCUAUCCAGGACUUCCGCGUGGGCAGUCUUUCCAAGGUCCAGUUCAUCGAGCCGAGAGGCCUGAUUAACACUGGAAAUAUGUGUUACAUGAAUUCAGUUUUGCAAGUUCUUCUUUUCUGCAUACCAUUCUAUGAUUUCCUCGAUCAAGUCAGCAAAAGGGCUGUUCACAAAUUCAAGAGUGACACGCCCGUAAUCGACGCCAUGAUCAUGUUUAUGAGGGAGUUCCGCGUCAUCGAUUCGACAGAUUCUGUCGAAAAGCUUCGCAAGAAGCUCAAAAAUGAGCAAUUGGAGCAAUACGGCGACUCGUUCAUUCCGGAGUUCGUUUACAAGGCCAUUCAGCCCCUUCCAGCCUUUGCCAGCAUGAGACGAGGACAUCAGCAGGAUGCCCAGGAAUUCCUCGGUCUGAUUUUGAACGCGAUCGACGAGGAGUGUGCGCAGGUGAUGUCGAGCGGAACAGCGAACGGUGCCCCUGAAGUACGUCCUACGUCUUCAGCAGCGAGCGUCGCUGAGUCUCAAGAUGGCGUGGACGGUUGGUUCGAGGUCGGUUCUAGACAGCGGGCCGUUGAGACGCGCUCUUCCGGAGGCAGCCAAACCACACCUAUCACUCGGCUGUUUAGCGGACAGUAUCGAUCAGAGCUCCGUCGUCCUGGUGUCAAGGAUUCGGUAACCACGGAGCCGUUCCAGUCUUUGCAGCUGGACAUUGGCGCGCCGUACAUCAACAACGUUGUGGAUGCUAUCAAGGGCUUGACACUCCCUGAAAGGCUCCAGGGCGACGCCGCGCCCAUGACAAAGCAAACCUUGAUCGAGACCCUACCCCCAAUUCUCAUUCUCCACCUCAAGCGCUUCAAGUUCGACACGGAGGGAACUACCAAGAUCGGCAAGAAGGUCGGCUACCCGCUCGACUUGCAGCUUCCCGCAGAAGUUCUGUCGAAGAGACGCCGCAAUGCGCUCGUCGCCGAGGGAGCGGGCAUGCCGAAGUACAGACUUACUGGUGUUGUCUACCACCAUGGCAAGCAGGCCAACGGUGGUCACUACACGGUCGAUGUCAGACGGCAAGACGAAAAUGAAUGGAUCCGACUAGACGAUACUGUCAUCCGUCGCGUCCGUAGCGAGGACGUAGCUGAAGCUGGUGCGGAGGAAGAGGUUAAGGAUAGCUCUCGUCCAGGAGCGUCUUCACGGGAUGCAUCCACGAACCGAUUCGGUGCCAUGGCAGACGAAGAUGAGGGCGAUGGUUGGAAGGAGGUUACCGCCUCAGCGAAGGGCGGAGAUAAGGGCGACAAGAAGUGGAGCGCUGUCGCGAAUGGCAACGGCUCGACCGUGCCCAAGGGGAAGCCGGCCAAGGACAACAUCAAGGACAACAAGGUUGCCUACCUCUUGUUCUACCAACGCGUUUGA